CUCAGCACAAGGCCUUUCUACCAAAAAGCCUUCCUGUGCACCGCCUUGUUUUGUCUCACAGCACCCGUUAGUACUUGGCGAGGUGUCCUAUCUAUCCGACGACACUCACAUCUGCCGCUCGUCUUAGCUCCCCGGAACUGUCUGCAAGGACGCGCGCGUUCACGCCUCGUGAAAACGGCGCAUUAUUUUAUCGAAGCAAGACCAGGCGCGAGCCGGAUUCCAGACGGUAUAGGGUGACUUACCCUAGUACGCGAAGCUCCCGUAUUCCCGCGCGCUGCUACUCACUCGAUUUUUUUCGAGGCGCCUCCCGUCGCGCUGCUGCGCGGCUCCGGCGCCUAUCUCACCGCCAACGGCUUCUGGGACCGCGACAAGUCAAUUCCGCCUGCUAAUCCGCAAUUAGCGGCUUCUGAGGUCGAAAAAUAAACGCGGGGGCGGGUCGCCAUGAGAUCGACUCGUAGCUCGCUUGCGACGGCGGGUUACCUAAUCGUCGCAAUCUUCGCAAGCCUCGUUCUGCAAGGACAGGCUGCGCGUAGGGAUCUCCAGGAGAUACCCGGGGUUCAAGCGGGGAAAGUGACAGUGGGCGGCGUGCUGCCGUACCACAUCCGCCCGUGGCACCGCGGCGUGCAGUGGGACUGGAAGCCGCCCAGGCUGUUCCCAAACUACGUGCUGUUGUUUCGCUGGGUGAGCCCUCUCACUCACGACGUGCGUCUCUUUGAGUCCGAAAUCAAGUGGACCAACUGCGACUUCUCUGGCUCAAAGCUCAUAUUCCCCUACUCGCCGGUGGGGUGGAUGCUGUACCUAGUCAAGCCUAACAUGGUGGGAAAGACCCUCUACUUCGGCAGCAGCUUUGUCGGCGACUGCAAGGCGGGGCUGAAGGUGAAAAUGCCUGUGUACGCGUACCCUACAUCCAAGAGACAAAGCGGCAUGAACAGUACCGGUAGUGCCUCUGCUGUUGGGGGGAGCGGUUGAUUCCAAAGGCAGGGCUGAAGAUUAAAAUGCCUGUGUAUGGGUACCCGGCAUCCAAGAAUGAGACUUUGAGUAGUGCAGCGGAAGUUGAGGCAGUUGAACCCUUGUACUAGUAUAUGAGAACAAGUGAUUGAUUAAAUAAACAAGCAUACA